AUGAUUCUUUUUGCUUCCCUACUAUUGAUUUUGGCUCAUUUCACAGAUGCUCGUUCAUUCAAAGGAGAAAGUGAGACUACGAAUGAGAGUUUGAUGAAAAUGGUUGACAACGAAUGGAUGGAUAAGUUCAUUCCACGAGAGUACAAGAAAUCUCGCUCACUAUCUGGAUCCGGCGAGCAGGAUGUUACGAAGGACAACAAUUUCGGAUUCAGUGAGCAAGGAAUGAAGGAUCUCGACGAGGUUGGUGGUCUUGUCGGUGGAGGAGAUUCCGACCUUCUUGGCAUCCUUCGUCCUUACUAUUCGAUGGUAGAAAUGACCGCCAACGGAAACAAACAAGUGUGUUUUCUAGAAUUGUUCUACCAACUAACAAUCUAUUUAUAG